AGGCGGUUCCAGGCCGUCUGACCUUUGCUCGGCUGCCGCAUUUUAUGCUGUGCAACUGCCUUGCAGUUGUCUUUUUCUUCUCCAGCUCUGCAGGGUCCGAGGCUCUCGGCUACCCCAUGCCUCCCCUUCCCUGGGCUGUGCCGGGCCCCAGAGCCCCCGGGCGUCGCUAGGACUGUGGUGGGGGCUGAAGGUGCGUUUACAUAACGCCGGGCGUGUGGGAGCUGGAGGAAGAGGUUGCAUGCGUAGGAGAGAUAAGACUCCGACUUCUCCUGCUUCCCAUCUUGGUGGUACCAGGCUUGACAUAACGUAGAAGAGAGGAUAGAGACGGGCCCCUAGAAGCCUGUUACUCGGAGCAGUCCAGGACCUCCAGCCCCAUGGAGCCCCCGAUUCCACAGAGUGCCCCUGUGACUCCCAGCUCAGUCAUGGUGCAGCCCCUUCUUGACAGCCGGAUGCCCCACAGCCGCCUCCAGCACCCACUCACCAUCCUGCCCAUCGACCAGAUGAAGACCAGCCACGUGGAGAAUGACUACAUCGACAACCCGGGCCUGGCUCCCCCCACUGGCCCUAAGCGGACCCGGGGUGGGGCUCCAGAGCUGGCCCUGACGCCCGGCCGCUGUGACCAGGAUGUCACCCACCACUGGAUUUCCUUCAGUGGGCGCCCCAGCUCCGUGAGCAGCAGCAGCAGCACCUCCUCUGAUCAGCGGCUGCUAGACCACAUGGCUCCACCACCCGUGGCUGAGCAGGCCUCACCCAGGGCUGUGCGCCUCCAGCCUAAACUGGUCCAUUGUAAGCCGCUGGACCUCAAGGGCCUAACAGCCCCACCGGAGCUGGACAAGCACUUCUUGUUGUGCGAGGCCUGCGGGAAAUGCAAAUGCAAGGAGUGUGCGUCCCCUCGGACGUUGCCUUCCUGCUGGGUCUGCAACCAGGAGUGCCUGUGCUCUGCCCAGACCCUGGUCAACUAUGGCACAUGCAUGUGCCUGGUGCAGGGCAUCUUCUACCACUGCACCAAUGAGGAUGACGAGGGUUCCUGCGCUGACCACCCCUGCUCCUGUUCCCGGUCCAACUGCUGCGCCCGCUGGUCCUUCAUGGGCGCCCUCUCCGUGGUGCUGCCCUGCCUGCUCUGCUACCUGCCUGCCACCGGCUGCGUGAAGCUGGCCCAGCGUGGCUACGACCGCCUGCGCCGUCCCGGUUGCCGCUGCAAGCACACGAACAGUGUCAUCUGCAAGGCAGGCAGUGGAGAUGCCAAGGCCAGCAGGCCUGACAAGCCUUUCUGACUGACGCUUUGGGUUGAGCCCCAAGCGCUGCCCCUGGGAAUGAGGGUCCCCCCUGCCAGCCUCCCCACGCUGGCCUUGCUCAUCUGUCAUCUCCCUGCCCCUAGCUGGGGAAGAAACAGGCAGAGAGCCCACUGCCACCCACCCACUAGUUCCCAAAAGGAGGAAGAAACACUUUGGGGGGGUAUUUAGGGUUUUGGAACUUUAGUCAAGCAGAUGGGCAGGGUGUGGUUAAGGGGGAUUUUUCAGAAGACAGAACACAGAUGUGGACACAUAGCCAGAAGCUGCAGCUGCUUGAUGCCCUUCUUGGUCCCUCCUUCUGCGCUCGUUCCCUCCCACUUGGCCAUUGUCUCUGGCUCUCCCGGGAGCUGGCUGCCUGGGAGGAACUGGGAAUUGUUAACUGAGCACCAGGGUCCCUUGAAGAGCCUGGGAGUCCUGACUCCGCUUUCUUCUCCUUCCGCACACCAGUCGGCCCCAGUGUCCCGGGGAAGGUGGAGAAGAACACUAGCUAUCCUGACUGCGUAUACUUGGGAGUGCUGAGGACAGAGGACAGCCAAGGAGCUGAAGCCUCCCAGGAGCCACAAGAUGGUUUUGGAGGCACUGCGCAGUGUGUCCCUGUCUCCCAACCCUGUCAGUCACUCUCGGGGGUGUUCCACUCUCGCUACACCGUCCUCCGGCCCAGUUCUUACGAGUCACAGACUCGCCUGCCUGCUAUGUCCUGAGUUUUCUCUCUACUCGGAUCCUUUCCAGAAACUUGAUGGGUAGAGAAGGCCGGGGCAGCACAUGCGAGACCAAAUAUCAUUUUGCCAAUGAGUCUGAGGCUGUGGUCUCUUGACCCAGUCGUGAUGUUUUUAUAGAACAACUAAACCAGAUGCUAAUGGUGUUUUAAAGAACAAUAAUAAAACAACUUGCUUCCUUUUGGGCCACCCCCAGGAAGGGCUGAUUUCAAAAUCUGGGGGCGAGCAGCCUCAAGGAGCACAAUUCCCCUGCCCCCAAGAAGAGGAUUUUAUCAGCGAAGAAGAGGCAGCGCCUCCCAUUGGCAGAAUGACAGUCGAGCCGUGCUGGGCUUGGGUUUCCUCUCUUCUGAUUCUGCUGCUUGCUGUCAUAGCCUUUUGUGUAUAGCGAUGCGAUGCGUCUGUAUCUUUAUGUAAAUAGAUGGUGAAAGAGAGUCUAUUUUAGUGUUCGAAAGCCCCAGCGGGGGAGUCAGAAGAGCUCAGAGAGGGUGGGGAAGAUUCUCCAGGGUCCACUGGGAUUGAGCCCUGCUUUUGUGCACAGCACACCCCUCUCCCGACAGCCCCCAAAGACGUAGCAACUCUUUCUCUCAAGGUGCUAAAGGACUCAGAAAGUGCAGCACGUCCAGUGGGUAGGUACUUGUUGCAUGCAAAAGCUAUAGUGUGUCUGGUCCCCCCGCCCCGUACCCCCACCUGUUUGGGGUCUUUGCUUUGUGUAGUAUUUUGUCCCCCUCCCCUCCAGGAGAGGAAGUAGCUUGGAUCAGAAGAAAGGCCCCAGGUGACAUUGGAAGCGCAUUAGCAGUGUCUGAAGCAUUUCCAGCUUGUGCUGUGGAAACAGCUGCCUCCGGGAAGGAGGUAAGGCAGGUAGCUGUGAGUAGCAUGUAUACCUAAUGCUUCCAAGGCCCCCUCCCCUCAGAAACUAGUAGUAACAUCUUAUGAUUUAGCAUAAGUUAAUUGUAACCAUAGGUAUUUAUUGAUUGGAGGAAGGGAGGGUCUUAGUUUCGCUUUAUUUAUGUAACAUUUGCUGGCUUGUAAAAGGCGAGUAUAAGAUAUUGCAUCUUCAUUCUCUAUGGCUAAUGCCUAUAGCUACCCUGGCCACAGCUGUGACGGAUGGAUGGAUGUUCUUGCACAAUUUGGGAGGGGAUGGUAGAAAAUGAACACGUUCAGCCAACCACUUACACUAAUUGAAUGUAUCAAGUGUAUCAGAGGGGCUGGAGAUGUUUUCCUCGGUAGAGGUGGCCCCCACAAUGAUAGCGCACACGUGCACUCUUCUCUUCAAGGCCUCGGGGACUCUUCCCGAGGCCCCUCCCUCAAAUCAUCUCCACAGGAAAUCGGACCCAGUUGCAAGUUGCACUUUGGUGAUCCUGGUCUUACACCCAUUCUGUGGAGAUUUGAUUUGCAUAAGCUGUGUCUUCGCACAUGCACACGUGUACACACACACGAACACACCCUGACCCUCAACCAACACAGACCCUGUUUCCUGGCAAAUGGCCUUCUGAACCCUGACUUUUUGUGUACAUAGUUGUAAACAGAUUUUUUUGUGGGUUUUGGUUUGCCUUUUCUUUUUUUCCCUCUCCCUCUUCUUUUGGCUUGCAUUUACCCUGCUGGAUGGAUGUCUGCAGAACUCUGAAGGAGUUCACUCACCUUGGUGCCCGUGUGCUCAGCAGUAAAGGGGAAAAGUGAAGGCAGUGACCUCGCAGCUCUGUCGUGUGGCAGUCCCUCAGCAGUUUUUCGCUGGCUCCUUGGCAGAAAAAAAGGAAAAUAAACAUGGCUUGCCUAUGGCCCCACCACCCCUUCGAGGCCAGCCAAGGGCCAUGAGGGACCAAGCACUCAAACAGGACAUCUUUCUGUAGCUGCUUCUGGCUGGUUUCCUGGCACUAGCAGCUUGCUUGGCUGGAUGAACCCUCACCUUGGAAAGUGCCAGGCAGCAGGUCCCCGCUUGUCUUGCACCUGGGCCCGCAGUGGUUGCCCUUGCAACUAGGGUCCAGGAUGCUUUUCCAGGGGUGCCUUGGCUGCUUCCUUCCCAUCCCUGAUAGUGGGCUGGAGACGCCAGCGCUCACUGAGCACCCUGGGACCCUGGGCGUAGGCUGCAGAACCCUUGCAGACAAAUGACGGGCACCAGCCAGAGUCCUCAGAGCAGCCACCUGGAAGAGUGAGCACAACCCCUUCUGUUGGCACGGGGCCAUCACAGCUGACAGGCAAAGGCACCCGUGUGAUGCAGAGUUCUUUGAACAUACGGAGUCUCCAUUGAUCCCUGUUGUACAUCAGUGGGGCCCAGCGAGGCAGUGACUGGUUGCACUCAAAGAAGUGUAGGUCUGGGGCAGAACCCAGGUGACAGUCACCUCAGAGCAGCAUGCUCUCUGGCACUGUCCCAGGAAGCGUCUGACAGGUAUGAGCAGCACAGCCUUGCACUGCACAGUUUCCAGGGCAUCCACAGACAUGUCCAGCCUCUGGUUCCUGCUUCUGGUAAGCCUCCUUGUGCCCUCCUGCUUGCCGUGACCGGGUGUCGGAUCUGGUGUUACCGUUUCUGCUCUGGGUAACUGUGCUGUGUCUUACCUUGCUUUUUCUCUGUCCCACAGUUGGGUUUCGUGUUUCAAACAGUAAAGCUGUUCCCGGCUCCCGCCCCACUACAUUCCUAUUUCAUUCUCCCUCUUCACCGCAGCCCCUUCUCACCCCACCACAAGCGUUACCACAGAAGGUUUCCUUUGUAUAGAAUAUUUAUUUUGAAGCUCUAUUUUAAUAGUAUUUAUUUUAGAAAGUCUACUAUUGUAAGAGUUCUUCUGUUUGUGAAGAAAAAAACAAGUUAAAAACUGAAUGUACUGAUCUAGAAAAAUAUCUAUAAAUAUAU